AUGGACAAGGGAAAAGCUAUAAUGGGCUCGGGCCGCAGAUGGGCUGUGGAAUUUACAGACAAUUCCACCUCCAAUUCCUCUCGCGACAUCCUGGAUCCCCCUGGCUUCACCCGUGCUUCUCACGACCCGGAUGAUUCGUCUGUGAGUAAACAGAAGAAGGAUGCUGAAGCAAAUUGGAAAGCCCAGAAAGCAUGGGAUGUCGCACAAGCACCUUUUAAGAACUUGUGUAUGAUGGGCUUCAUGAUGUGGAUGUCCGGAAGCACGGUUCAUCUCUUUAGCAUUGGUAUCACAUUUUCAGCUCUUUGGCAACCCAUAAAUGCUCUUCGAGGGGUUGGGAAAGCUUUUGAGCCUUAUAAGGACAAUAGAGUGGAUCUCCUAGCGCCUAAAUUAGUAUUUAUUGCCCUUAAUUUGGUUGGUUUAGGAAUGGGCAUCUGGAAGCUUAAUACGUUGGGUCUUCUUCCAACACACGUAUCGGAUUGGGUUUCGUCUUUGCCUCCUGCUCAGGAGGUUGAGUAUUCUGGUGGAGGUAUUCCUCUUUACUAA